AUGGGGGAGACACGAUGCGUGCGUUCGAUCGUGCGCCAAUUUGCGUCUGGCAGCAGUGACCACUACAUAAAUGCGUCUGAAAUGUGGGAAUCCAUUCUUUGCAAACCCUUUGCUCCUUACGUUAUCGAUAUUUUUCAAACUACCAACCGGAGCUUGCUCCCAGACAAUCAGCCUGAAAUGACCGAGCAAGCUUCAUCAAGUAGAACAAAUCCUGUUCAUCAUACUCAGCAGCAAAAACUGACAAAAACUGAAAAACUCGUAGAGCGAGAACGAAGAAGACAGGAGAUAGCAAAGCAACGACUGGAUUUGAAAAAUCAUCGCGAUAUCGCUAGAUCCGUGGAGGCUCUUGACUUAUACGUGCAGGUCGGAAAUCGUAAAAUUUCCGAGGCAGACCUGAGAAGCCACUUUGCUUCCUUUGGAGAGGUGGUUCACGUUUCAAAUUUGGACGCGCUCCCCGAGCAAGGAGGAAGGACACAGGAAAUAGCAAAGCGGAAAAUCCAUUUGCAAAAUCAUCUGGCUAUCGCGAGAUCUCAGAAGGCUCUUGACAUAUACGUGGAUGGCUUGAGGUCUGAAAUAACCGAGGAGCAAUUGAGUACUCACUUUGCUGCUUUUGGGAAGGUGCUCGAUGUGUAUAGGUUUUACUCAACCGACAAAUCUAUCGGAAAGGCCAUUAUUGCAAUUCAGCCGACAGUGGAUCGAAAGUGGAUUCGUAGGACGAAACACAUUGUAAAUGGAUUUGAACUUGUUGUGAGGGGGUUUACCUCAUUCUGA